GCUUCCAAACAGGAUGGUUUGAAUUUGGAGAUUGAAGCUAGGAAGAAACAUGAUCAACGCAACCAGAAGCGACGGGCAAAAUACAAAGCCCAAAAACAGACUGCUGGAAAGGACAAUGCAAUUUUAUCCCCAGAUGAACAACGGGAAGCGCGGAACAAGAAAAGGCGUUCACAAUAUCAAAAUGCUGAACAACGGGAAACACAAAACAAGAAAAGACGUUCACAAUAUCAAAAUGUUGGUACAGAGAAAAGAGAAGAACGCAAGAACAAACGACAUCAGGCGUAUCGAAAAGAGAAUGAAGAACACAAUGUGGAAUGUGAUGCUUCUAAAGUAAUUGUCAGGACUCCUCAAAAGUUUGCAGCUUUACCAUUAGUGAGUAAGAGGAUGAGGACCAAGAUAAAAUCGAACAAGGCAAAAUUUGCAUCGAGCAAUUUAAUACUUGAUAUAGGAAGUGCGGAUAAAAUUUGUUGUCACUACGGGGCUUUGAUGUGGAGGUUUGAGCAAACAGAGAAGGAAUACCUGUCGAAAUCAAAUAAGUUUUCUUUGUGUUGUGGCAAUGGAAAGGUGCGCUUGCCACUAUUACGAGAGACUCCUUCUGAGUUGAAAGCAUUACUAGAUCGGAGUAAUCCUAAAAGAACUAUGUUCCAAAAUAACAUCCGGAUGUACAACAACGCAUUCGGGUUUACUUCUGUUGGGGCUAAUAUGGAUAAAAGUAUUAAUAAUGGGCGUGGACCUUUUGUUUAUCGUAUUCAUGGUGUACUUUACCAUCAAAUAGGUUCAUUGUUUGCUGAAGAAUCCAAGAAGCCAGUUUUCUCGCAAAUAUAUAUGUACGAUAAACAGGAACAGGUUAGCAAGCGUAUGAAUUUUCCCAAUUCUGAAGAAUCCCUUGAUAGUGAAAUAACAGAAUGCCUAUCUGUGAUGUUGCACCGAGUGAAUGCUUUGGUGGAUAUAUAUAGACAAGUUCGAGAUAGAUACAAAGAAUCAGAAGUAAUUCCAGGAAAGUUGCGUUUAAUUGCAAAUAGGGACACAGAUGGUCGAGAAAGUAAUGUUCCAACCAAUGCCUACGACUUUGCAGGUUUAGUUGCAAACAGUAAUCUAGCAGAUGAUAGGGAUAUAGUUGUACACCCUCAUGAUGGAUUUCUUCAUAGGAUUUCAGUACUCCAUCCAUGUUAUAUGUCCCUCCAGUACCCGCUUCUAUUCCCGUGGGGUGAAGAUGGUUUCAGAAUUGAUAUCUUACAUUCAGGGGUAAGUGAAAAAUCAGGAAAUAAAAGAGAUGUGGUUACCAUCAGAGAAUAUUAUUGUUACAGACUUCAAUACAGAGAUGCGGAAGGGCAUACCUUAAUUGGCGGGGGGCGGUUAUUCUUGCAGUUUGUGGUUGAUGCAUGGGCAUGUAUUGAACAUACUAGGCUUACAUGGGUCUUAACACACCAAACAAUAUUGAGGUCUGAUCUAUAUAACAAUGUUGUUGAUUCUGUUAAUAAAGGAGAUACUAAUGCUUCUACAAUUGGAAAACGGAUUGUAUUGCCAUCCUCAUUUACAGGUAGCCCCCAUUACAUGCAACAAAAUUAUCAAGAUUGUAUGGCUAUUUGCAGAAAAUUCGGAAGCCCGGAUCUGUUCAUUACAUUCACAUGCAAUCCACAGUGGCCAGAAAUCAAGGAGUAUUGUGAUAAGGUGCCACACUGUAUCCCAGCCGAUAGGCCCGAUGUUAUGGCUAGAGUGUUCAAGAUUAAGCUUGAAUUGCUUCUAGAAGAUUUGACAGAUAACCAUGUUCUUGGAAAAGUCAUUGGAGUUGCAUAUACCAUUGAAUUUCAGAAAAGGGGCUUACCCCAUGCACAUAUAAUUGUGUGGCUUGAGCAAUCUGACAAGUGUCACUCAACUGAUGACAUUGACCAGUUAAUAUGUGCUGAAAUUCCUGACAAAGAAAGUGAUGAAAUCGGGUAUGAUGUUGUUUCAAGGCAUAUGAUCCAUGGCCCAUGUGGAGCAUACAACAUAGAGUGCCCGUGCAUGAAGGAUGGAAAAUGUACCAAAUACUAUCCGAAAGAAUUCACAAAUGAAACUACAAUUGACUCCAAUGGUUAUGCAGUCUACAGACGUCGGGAUGACAAGCAUACUAUACACUUCAAAGAAAAAGAUAUUGAAAUUGACAACAGGUUUGUUGUUCCAUACAACAGGGGGCUUCUUGUGAAGUAUCAGGCUCAUAUAAACAUUGAAUGGUGUAAUCAAGGGCGUUUGAUCAAGUAUAUGUUUAAAUACGUGAAUAAAGGUCCAGACAGAGCAACUGUCGUUGUUCAGACAGCUGAUGCUGUAGUUACCAAUGACACUAAACAAAAUGUCAAUAUUAAUUGA